AUGAAGAAGAUUAAAACAAAUAACGUCUCAAUUAACUCUGAUGCAGUCGAUGAAGACCAUUCCAAUAUCCAACAACUCCAAAGCCCAUGUUCAUUGUCUGACAUCUGUAUAUAUUACAUAGCUUUAAAUAUCAAUUUGGUUGAUUCAUUAUUUGGAUUUCCUGAUAUUGUGGGAAUCAAAAUCUUCCAAAAAACUGAAGAAUUAGGAAAGUUUAAAUUGUCAUCUCCAGAAUCGCAGGCUGCAUUAAGACUAUUCUGUGACUCGUAUGAAGGCGAUGUUUUAUCAAGUUUAUCUGUGUGUAACAACCAUCUGUGUUUAAAUAAUUAUUACGACCAGAUAUUAGUGUUUCAAUAUUUAAAACAGUUAGAUAUAUCUGGUAAUGGUAUUGGAGAUGAUCAUGAUAUUCUACAUCAUAUAUCUAAUCUGGAUAGAUUAGAGACAUUAUGUUUAAGAAAUAAUGGUUUGAGUGAUGAUGGGAUCAGAAAGCUAACCUCACCUAUCAGGAUGUUAAAGAAGGGGCCUCUAGAAUUACUUCAUCUUGGCUUGUCAGAGAAUUCUAGUAUUUCAUCAUCAGUUUUAAGAUAUUUAAAAUGUUUCCAAUUCCUAGAGAUUUUAGAUGUUUCAAACACAUCAGUUAGAGAGACUAGAGUAAGAGAAACAUUAAAAUCAAUGAAUCUAGUCUUGUAUAAGGAAGAUGAUAUACCAGAUGUAUUUACUAUUAAAAAUAAAGGGUGGACAACUCUUACUGUAGAAACAUGGAAACAACUCACAUUACAACCACCUGAUAAACCAAGUAAAUUGUUCAACAGAAACUUCUACCAAAGGACUCUUAAACCUGAGAAAGCAUCAUCAGUUUCAGAUAUUAAACCUAGGAAGACAUCCAGAUUGAUAUUUGUCAAGUCAACACAAGUCACAGAUUGUGAUAUUCCUGUAGAAACUGUCCAUAAAUCACCUUUAAAGUCAUUAGAUAUAGAAAACUAUGAACUGAAAGAGAUGUAUGGCAAUGUUAAAACUAAAACUAGUAAGGUUACAUUGUCAGAUCUAAUGGAUUCUUGGUGA